ACUGCUGCGUGUCUUCUUUAAGGAACUGAGUCCAGCUCGUCACUUGUCAACAGGCUGAGAGAGAAAACCACCCGUGGAUAUUAAACUCGGUACGUGGAGCUGAUAACGACCCCGUUCCCGUCCGGUACCGUCCCGAGAGGAUUCUGACGGUUGUGGAGUUUAUUUCUGCUCGGUUUAUCCGCCAUAACAUGAAGUCCUGCGGACACGAAACCUCCUGAGCUUCAUGAACAUGUGAAACUUGACUCUGCAGCAGGCAGAUGUGAGUCCCAGGCUGGAUUGGAUGGCACUGAGGAUACAAGACUGCGUCUCAGUGGGAGUUGUGCGAUGACCAGCCGGCCUCCUCGCCAUGCAGAGAGCGCCACCAACAAACCGCCUGCCGCCGCGUCCCCCAGGCUCCAUGUCCAGAGAUCGCUGUCCAAGGAGACCGUCACCAUCCACUUCUCCGCUCUCGGGAAGGAGGAAGAGGAGGAGGAAGAAGAGCUGUACAUGACGACCGUCUCCUCCGCUGCCUCGGCCAAUCAGAACGACUCAAACAUCGUGACCGCCGUAGAAGCCAGCGAGGAGAUGUUUGAAGCCGUGGCGUUGGAUCCUGUAGCCGAGGUUGUUGAACCUUCUAGACUCUCUCCGGUCUCCAGACUUCACACUAACAGAUCUCAGACUCAAACUCUACCAUCAUGUGACUCUGAGCAGAAAACCUCUAACUCGUCCCCGACUAAAUCUCUAAGCUUCCCCUCCAUCGACAAACCCUUCCUCAGCUUGGUCAAGUCCCUCUCCUCAGAUAUCGAGUCUCGAGAUGGGAACCCUUCAAAUUCAGGUCCGACAGUCCGGCACCGGCACCUGAUGAAGACUCUAGUCAAAUCUUUAUCUUCAGACACAUCCCAGGACUCCUCAUCCUCUUCUUCUUCUUCUUCUACGCCUUACCGUCUUCCAGAAUCGCGCCUCAACCUGCAACUUUUUAAGCAAUUCACACAAUCCCGCCUGCCGUCGUCUGACUCUAAAACGGCCCCUUCGUCCCCGUUGACCUCCCCGGACAACCGGAGCUUCUUCAAAGUGUCCGAGGUGGAGGCCAGGAUCGAAGACACCAAGCGGCGUCUCUCCGAGGCCAUCUCCGAGCCGCUGCAGCUGCUCAGUAAGAUCAUGGACGAGAAGGGCAGCAGCAUCUACCGGCCCAAAGCCCUUUCAGCCAGCGCCUCCGAACUCUCCAACAUCACGUCUAUAAACGGACACCUGGAGAGCAACAACAACUACUGCAUCAAGGAGGAGGAAGGAGGGGAACUGGAAGCUGAGAGCCUCAACAGCAGAACUUCUGAAUCACUUCUUCUUCUCCCGUCGGUCGACUUCAAGAGCCCAAACAAGUCUUCUAUCUCCAUGGCGAUGGAGAAAUGCUCCAUGUCCGCUCUGGCGAAACAAGAGGACGAGGACUUCUGCAUCCUGUCCAGCGAGGACUUUGACUCGUGCACCGAGACAGACGGAGAUAAAACUGAUGACACUCGGACUGGGAGUCAAACUAAAGUGCCACUAAGUGGAGGAAGUAGUGAACCAGAGAGUGAAUCAGACGAAUCAGAGAGUUCUGAGCCGGUUCCAAGUGUUCCACUUUAUACUCUGGUGGUCCUGACGGUGCUGGUCUAUGGGUAUUUUGUGUUACCUCUGCCCAGUUACGUGGGAGGAAUGCUGCUUGGGAUCGGACUGGGGUUCCUGUUAGCGAUCGCUGUUGUGUGGCUGACGGGACCAAAACCUUCUGGAAGCUCUUUGAGACGUUCCAGACUCAGUGGGAAGAAGUGGAACCGGACCAAGCUGGACAUUAAGGAACCAGACAUCUAUAAGGGCUGGAUGAACGAGAUCUCCAACUACGACCCUGAGACGUACCACGCCACGCUGACCCACUCGGUGUUUGUCCGGUUGGAGGGCUCCAUCAUCCGCCUCUCCAAACCCAACCACAACAUCGCCCGCCGCGCCACGCACAACGAGCCCAAAGCUGACGUCAACUACAUCAGCCAGAAGAUCUACGACCUCACCAACAGCAGAGUGUAUCUGGCUCCUCAGAGUCUGGCCAGGAAGCGGAUCUGGAACAAGAAGUACCCGGUCUGCAUCGAGCUGGGCCGGCAGGACGACUUCAUGUCCAAGGCGGAGGGGGACCGCUGGGACCGCUGGGACGCCAGCGAGGGCUCCAGGGAGCGAGGAGAGGGGGCGGGCCGGAGCGAGGGGGGGGGGUCCUCCUCCAGCAGGGACCUGAUGACCCUCUACCUGUUUGGACGGACCGGCAGGGAGAAGGAGGAAUGGUUCCAGCGCUUCCUGGCAGCGUCCAGACCCAAGACGGACCUGAAGAGAGCUUCAGGGGCUGCAGGAAGUAAGAGUGCUCUGAGUCACAGUCGCAGCAGCAGCCGCAGCAGUCUGGACGAGGUUCUGUCCUCUCGAUCCAAAGAGUCCUCGCUGUCCUCAGCUACAGCAGCUAAACCCAGACAGAUGUUUGACUACAGCGUCUACAUGGCGUCCCUGCUGCCCAGACAGGCCGUGGUCAGCCCGGCGCUGGCCAGUCCUGCUGUCCAGAGUCCCCAGAGUCCUCAGAGUCCCCAGAGCAGCCCCGGGGCCGACAAGAAGCUCCAGAGCACCAUGUCAGCUCCGGUGCAGCCGAGGGAGGAGGAGGAGGAGGAGGAGGAGGAAGAUGCGGUUGCCUGGGUGAACGCAGCGCUGGGUCGGGUCUGCUGGGACUUCCUGACGGAGCCUCACUGGGCCGAACUGGUCUCCAAGAAGAUCCAGAUGAAGCUCAGCAAGAUACGGUUGCCGUACUUCAUGAACGAGCUCACGCUGACAGAGCUGGACAUGGGCUCGGCCACGCCCAGAAUCCUCGGAGCCUCCAAACCUUCCAUCGACUACAGAGGUCUGUGGUUUGACUUGGAGAUCUCCUACAGCGGAUCCUUCCUGAUGACUCUGGAGACCAAGAUGAACCUGAUCCGUCUGGGGAAGGAGGGCGAGAGCGUUCGCUUUGGAGAGUUUGGAAAAGACGGCUACAGACCGAGGACCUACUGUCUGGCUGACAGUGAUGAAGAGUCGUCCAGCGCUGGUUCUUCAGAUGAGGAAGACUCCUCGGAGCUCUCCAACGACUCGUCUGGAGCCGAAGGGUUUGUCGGGGGACACAAGCCCAGUAAGAUCAUGCGUUUCGUGGACAAGAUCACCAAGUCUAAAUACUUCCAGAAGGCCACAGAGACGGAGUUCAUCAAGAAGAAGAUGGAGGAGGUUUCUAACACGCCGCUCCUCCUCACGGUGGAGCUGCAGGAGCUCAGAGGAACGCUGGCCGUCAACAUCCCUCCUCCUCCCACAGACAGGAUCUGGUACGGCUUCAGGAAGCCUCCUCACCUGGAGCUGAAGGCUCGACCCAAACUGGGAGAGAGAGAAGUCACUCUGGCUCACGUUACCGACUGGAUCGAGAAGAAACUGGACCAGGAGUUCCAGAAAGUCUUUGUGAUGCCCAACAUGGACGACGUCUGGCUGACCAUCAUGCAUUCUGCCAUGGACCCUCGCAGCGCCGGGGGGCCCCUAGUGGGCCCCUCAGCAGGAGGAGCAGGAGGAGGAGCAGGAGGAGGAGCAGGAGGAGGAGCAGGAGGAGCAGGAGCAGGAGGAGGAGCAGGAGGAGCAGGAGGAGAGCCGGAGCCUCCAGGUCAGGACAGCAGCAGCAUCCAGCCAUGAAGAUGUUUACAGUAUUCCUGAUGAAGCCUCAGAAGGAGACGUGGAGCCAAAGUCAGUAGGUUUCUACUGUAACGAUCAUUCCUCUAGUUAGAGUCUUAACGACACAAACAGGAAACACUAACUACCUGCUGCUCUUCACUAGUAUUUAUUGUGCCAGAGGAAACAGGAUGUUGGCUUUGAAGGAUUUAUGGAACUAUAAAAAAACUGAUAUGUGAAGAAAAUCAUAUUUGGGGGGUCGGUUAAAGUCAGGGGUCGGCAACCUUUAUUAACAAAAGAGUCAUUUCUGGUGAGAAAAAAAA